GAAUAAGGGAGGUAAUUGAAGCUACUUCCGGUUUAUCAUCGAAGAAGAAAACAAGCCACACGUGUUUCUGUCUUCAGUGUCAAUACGAUAAUGUCGAGACUGAUUGUAAAGAAUUUACCGAAAAAAAUAAAGGAGGAGAGACUGCGGUCUAUGUUUGGAUCCGUCGGUACUUUAACUGACUGCUCGCUGAAGUACACAAAGGAGGGCGUGUUUAGAAACUUUGCUUUCAUUGGAUACACUUCAGAGACGGAGGCAGACCAAGCCAUCAACCAAUAUAAUAAGACCUUUAUCAACGCCUGUAGAAUAUAUGUUGAAAAGGCCAAAGAUUUUAGUGACUCAAGCAAGCCUAGAGCUUGGAGCAAGUAUUCCAGGGACAGUUCAGCAUUUCAGAAAAAACAGAAAAGUUUAGAAGAUCAACAAAAUGAAAAUACAAAAAAUACAGAAAAGAAAGAGAAGAAAGAAAAGAAGAAAAAAUCCAGGGAGAAGGUGGUUGCUGAGAUGUUAGGAGAGUUGAAAGAUGAUCCAAAAUUUGAAGAAUUUGUACAAGCUCACCAAAGAAGUAUGAACAAGUCAGUAUGGGGUAAUGAUGAAGUACCGCCCAGUGGAGAAGGUGUUCAGGAGGAGGAUAAAGAGAAGAUAAAAUAUGAUAAAGAUAGUGAUGAUGACGAUGAUGGUGAUGGUAGUGGUGAGGAAGAUAACAAGGAAGAAGAGGAGGAAGGAGAGGAGGAGUUGAUGGAGGAAGAAGAGAAAGUGGCUACCAAAAAGAAUGUGUCAGAUUUGGAUUACCUGAAGUCUAAAGUCUCGAGCCAAGCCAUGCUGGAGGAUAGCAGCUCCGAGUCAGAGGAAGAGGAACAAGCCAUGCUGGAGGAUAGCAGCUCCGAGUCAGAGGAAGAGGAACAAACAGAUACCAAAGUGAAAGUGAAACUAAAAGACAAGCAGAGUCAGUCUGAGGAAACCAAACAAAAGUACAUGUUGAAGAUGAGAAAUUUACCUGUUUCGGCAGGAGAGAAAGCAUUAAAAGAGUUUUUUAACCCAAUCAAACCAAAAGAUAUCCGUAUUCCUAAAAACAACCAGAAAAAAUCAAUAGGAGUAGCUUAUGUAGACUUUUCUUCAGAGAAAGAUCUAAAUGAUGCCAUGAGAAGAAACAAAAACUUUAUCAAGAGCAAAAGAGUUUACCUGAAAAAGUGUGAGACGGGGGAAGAAACAGCUGUCCAAUCAGAGGAGAAAGAGUCGCAGCAAGCUGUACAGUCUGUGGACAGAAAGACUUGGGAGGAACACGAGUCACAGAUGGACAGUGUUGCAGAGACGGGGCGGCUGUUUGUGAGGAAUCUUGCCUACAACUGUACCCAGGAAGACUUGGAGGAACUGUUUGGGAAGUUUGGGCCGAUAGCCGAGGUCCAUCUCUCCAUUGAUACUAUCACCAAAAAGAUUCGAGGCUAUGCCUUCAUUUUGUUUAUGAUGCCAGAGCAUGCAGUACGAGCUUAUGAAGAGCUUGACGGAACCAUCUUCAUGGGAAGGAUGUUACAUAUUCUUCCAGGGAAGGAGAAACUGGACGAAGAGAAAGAAGAGAAAGAGGGAUCCUCUUACAAAUCCAAAAAAGCUGCACAACAGAAAGCCGAAGCCUCAAGCUCCCAUAAUUGGAAUACAAUGUUCCUCGGAAUUAAUGCUGUGGCUGAUGUGAUGGCUACCAAAUACAACACUGAGAAGAGUCACAUCCUGGACCCAGAAGCUCCUCAGAGUCUGGGAGUCCGUAUGGCUUUAGGAGAGACACAGAUCGUAGCAGAAACCCGCGACUUCCUGACAGAAAAUGGAGUUGUUCUAGAUAGUUUUAGUCAGGCUGCUGCUCCGAGAAGUAAGACAGUCCUCCUUGUGAAGAACCUUCCCGCCAACACAGACCCCGAGGAUCUCCGGGAAGUGUUCAGUAAACACGGGGCCCUGGGGAGGGUGCUCAUGCCCCCAUCAGGAGUCACAGCCAUCGUGGAAUAUCUGGAUCCAACAGAGGCAAAGCUAGGCUUCAGAAACCUGGCUUACACAAAGUUUCAACAUGUUCCACUCUACUUGGAGUGGGCCCCUAUGGAGGUGUUCAGGAAGCCGGCUGUUAGAGAGAACAAGAAACAGGAGUCGGCUGAUUCUGGAAUCCCAGAGAAGGAGGCCGGGGCUGAUGAGGAAUCAUCAGGUGAGAGUGAGGAGGAAGAUGCGGGUCCUGAACCAGACUCCACGCUCUUUGUCAAAAACCUCAACUUCAGCACCACCGAGGAGGGCCUCAGACAGAAAUUCAAAAAAUGUGGGGCGAUUCGUGCUGUUUCUGUAGCAAAGAAGAAAGACAUGAAGAAUCCAGGAAAGUACCUGUCCAUGGGGUACGGGUUUGUGGAGUUCCAGAAGAAGGAGAGCGCUAUGAAGGCGCUGAAGGCGCUACAGCACACAGAACUGGACGGACACAUGGUGGAGCUGAAGCUGUCCAACAGGACGACCCUGGGAACACAAAAGGUAACAACAAAGAAGAAGCAGAAAGUGAAAAAACAGAAAACCACCAAAAUCUUGGUCAGGAACAUUCCAUUCGAGGCCAAGAAACAGGAAAUCUAUGAACUUUUCAAGGUGUUCGGAGAAUUGAAGUUUGUGAGGCUCCCCAAGAAAAUGGGAGGGACUGGGAGUCACAGGGGAUUUGGUUUUGUGGACUUCUUGACCCGACAAGACGCAAAGAGAGCGUUUGAUGCGCUGUGUCACAGCACACAUUUAUACGGGAGGAGACUCGUCUUAGAAUGGGCAGAGAGUGCAGAAGACCUGGAUCAGCUCAGGAAGAAAACGGCUGAACACUUCCAUGAUGAUGGACCAACAAAGAGACUAAAGAAAUCAGCAAUUCUAGACAACCUACAGUCAGCAGGUCUUAAUCUUUAGUUAGUUGUCCUCGAGACUGAUCUGUAGUCAGUGCGACAAGUCAACAACUUCUUGACACCGGCUCUGUAGUCAGUGCGACUAGUCAACAACUUCUAGACACCUAGCUGUACAUUGUUCUUUUUGUUUUUGUCAACAUCAAUCUUAUUCAACAGGAAAUUGAUGAAUUAAUAAAUGAUUACAUAUCCUGUUA